UAGUGUGAGCAGGAGUCAAGGGAGAGCGAGAUAAUGACGGUCAGCAGCCUCGGUCACUCUCGCCGGGACACAAACACUGGCCAGCCUCUCCACACCUGUGGUCACCUCUCGUGGCCAACACUGUAGUGAACACGUGUGUGGUCAAUACUCGCACCCUCUAACCCACACCUGUGGUCAAUAUUCACACCUUCUAGCCACACUUUGGUCACCUCUCGUGGCCAAUUCUGUAGUGAACACGUGUGUGGUCAACACUUGCACCAUCUAGCCUACACCUGUGGUCAAUAUUCGCACCCUCUAGCCACACCUGUGGUCACCUCUUGUGGCCAAUACUAUAGUGAACACGUGUGUGUGGUUAAUACUCACACCCUCUAGCCCACACCUGUGGUCAAUAUUCACACCCUCUAGAUACACUUGUGGCCAAUACUGUAGUAAACACAUGUGGGCGACACUUGCAUCGUCUUGCGAGAUCUCCAGUCGAACAUAAUCCUCCAAUACUGUGGUAAAUAAAGUCCACAACACCUGUAGCCAACACUCCCUCAACAUACUUCAUUAUGAACUCUGCCAGCAAGGUUGGCGAGAUCUUUUUGGCUGCAGGGACAGCAUUUAACAAAUUAGCGGAGCUCACAAUGCAGCUGCAUCCAACUGCAGAACAGUCACCUGCAGGCACAAAAUGGACUGAUGAAGAAAUAGAAAUGCUGCGGUCAUCUGUAAAAAGAUUUGGGGAUGAUCUUAACGUUAUCAGUCAGAGGAUAAAGUCACGUACUGUUACUCAAAUUCGGUCUGCACUUAAAAAGAAGGCCUUUGAGGACGCAGGCAUUUCUCCACAAGCUGCAGCUGCUUUACAAACUCAACAGAAUACAACUACACAAGCAAGCGCCAGUGGGGGUGGGGGAAGCAUGCUCGGAGGUCGAGAUGUCACUCUAAAUAUGCUCAAUGCAUCAGAAUCUGAAGUGGAUGUUGAGGGAAUGGGGGGUGUGGGUAUGGAUUUUGAAGGCGCAAAUGAGGUAGUUACUUCUUAAUAAGAUUUGUAUAUGGUAGUACGUAUGAUAAGUUCAUGUUUUGAAGAGUAGCAUUAAGGAUUCAAAGCCUUUACUCUUUGUUUAAAAUGUUGACACUACAAUUCAAUUUUUUGAAAAUGAAAGACUUGGCCUUACAGUUCAACAUUGUACCAUAACAAUUUAUGACGAAGGUUUGUAUUGAUGCCUUGCAAUGUCAGUUCUUUUGUUCCUAUGUUUAUUUUUAUUACAUCAGUGUAGCCAUAAAAAAUGGUCUGUGGCUGUUGGGUUACACGAUGGCAUGAGGAGUUUUUGUAUAUUCAGGUAAGAAAAGAGGAGACCCCUUCAUGGUUUGAUGCAUUCUUACCAUAAUUUAAAAAUUUAUUUACAUAUCUUGGCUGGUUUGUGUUCUUUGUAAGAAAUACAUUUUAUGUGUGCAUGUGUGUGUGCGUAUGUCAUUACCUGAGUGUAGUUAUGGGGCGAGAGCUACGCCUAUGGUGUCCCGUCUUUCCAGCACUGUUAUAUAAAGCUUUGAAACUAUUGGCUGUUCUCACUUAACUUGUUCCAACCAUUUACCACUCUGUUUGCAAACAAAAACAUUCUAAUAUUUUAAUUGGCACCUUUGUUUCCUUAGCUUGAAUCUCUUCUUGUUCUUGAAGUUGCUGGUUUCAGGAAUUCGUCUUUGUCAAUUUGGCUGAUUCCUGUUCUUGUUUUGUAAGUGGUGAUCAGAUCACCCUUCCUUGUUCUAUCUUCUAGCUGUGUGUAUAUGUAAUUACCUAAGUGUAGUUACAGGCUAAGAGCUACACUCGUGGUGUCCCGUUUUCCCAGUACUCUGUCGUAUAACGCUUUGAAACUAAUGGGGUGAGUGUGUGUGUGUGAUAUUUAAUCCUGUUGUAAGAUAAUUUUUACCAGUGCUUGUUGUGCAGAUUGGAAACAAAUGGAUUUAUACAAUCCAAUUUGUUUUUAGUGCAGAACCUUUGCAAAAUUUAAAAUGUCUAGAUUUUAUCUGGAGCCCAUUUAUUACUGUGGCAUCAUUACAAGGAAUUCAUCUCUUCUUGCUGUUGCUGUAUCAUUAUAUGGAACUAGUCUCCUCAUGCUAUUGCUACAACAUUACUGUGUAUGGAACUCGUCUCCUCUUACUGUUGCUGUGUCAUUACACGGAGCUCAUCUGUUACUGUUAGUGUGUCAUUGGAGUGAAGACAGUGGUUUAUGGAAUCUUUUUCAGUUUAAAAGAAAAAGAACUUAAAAAAAAAGUUCUACAAUGUAGUAGAGGAAUUUUUCUCUGAUUCCAGCUUCAAUGGCAGUGUCAGCAUGCACAUGGAAGUUCAUGACUCAGGUUAAAAUGUUUUUGUGUGUUAUGGCAGCUGCAGUAGCAGGGGGGGAGGGCAAACUUUGUGAUUGGGUGAUUUCUCGAGUUAUUUUGGAUACUCAUCAGUAUGUCCCAUCACUUUAAUUUCUGUGAACUAAAUAUAUAUUUGUAGAGAGAUUUAAGAAGUUGAUAAGUACAAAUUUGAAUUAUUUUUGCUUUAUAAUAUUUACCAUGUCAACUGCAGUAUUUUCAGUAUGUAAUGUUCACUCACAAAUUUAUCACCAAAUAAAUUUAUACCUAAAACAUA